AGAGGAAGGAAGGGAAGGGUUGGCCAGAGAUGUCACCACCCACAUCUAGCUUCCCUCCCUGUCGUGGAUGAGACCAGAGAGGGGCCCCCAGAGCAGCCUGCAGGGCCAGUAUGAUCCCUGAAUUCCUCUGCCUCCUCUGCUUUGGGCUGUGUGCUGGCCAAGGAAGCAGGGGGACUGACGAGUCCCUUCCCAAGCCCUCCCUCAGGGCCUGGCCCAGCUCGGUGAUGCCUCGCUGGAGUAAUGUGACACUGCAAUGCCAGACUUCUACCAAGAAUGUCAACUUUGUUCUCAGAAAGGGAAAAGUUCCUUUGGAGUCUGUGCAGUCAUGGAUUUCCACAGAUGGGCCGGCUGAAUUUCAACUCACUGACCUAAAAACCAACAGUGCCGGAGAGUACACCUGUGACUACUACAGACGGGGCCCCCCACACACACGUUCACAGCCUAGUGACGUCCUCCUACUACUGGUGACAGGAGAUUUACCUAAACCUUCCCUGCAAGUCCACCAAAGGGGUGAGGUGACCGCAGGAGACACAGUGACCCUGCAGUGCCAGAGGCCAGACAAUAUUUUUGCGCCUGUAAUGUUCGCUCUACUGAAGGAGGGAACGGCAGGGCCCAUACGGGUCCAGAGUCCAGUAGGGAAGGAGACAGACUUUUCCCUCCGGACUGUGACAAUCAAUGAUGCCGGGAACUACAGCUGUGUGUACUUUCUGAUGAAGGCUCCUUUCUUGACCUCACAGCCCAGCAGUCAUCUUGAGAUCCAGGUGACAGGGGCUGCGUCCCGGGACUACACCUUGGGCAACCUCAUCCGACUGGGUCUGGCUGCCGUGAUUGUGGUGAUUAUGGGGGCUCUCGUGGCGGAAGCCUGGUGCGGCCAGAAGGAGUCUCCACGUGGAUCCACAUAAAACAGCUGAGCGCCUCUCUUGUUUGGGCUGGUAUCGCGGCCUGGGGCUCUUUCAACACCAGACUCCACUAUGGGACUUCUUGUGGUUCUCAACAUAGACACAGAUGGCAUUUUGGGUGGGAUAGUUCAUCACAGGGGACUGUCCUGUUUGUUGUAGGAACACUUAGCACCACUUCUCAUGCCCAUUAAAGAGAAGUUGAAACCCCAGUCAUUGUGGAAGAAGAUAGCAAGCAAGUUCUAUCGUCCUUUUCCCAACACCCCUAGAUGUGGAGGACAGGAGUAUGUGGUGUUCCCCUGGUGGACAGCCUGUGUUUGGGGACCAGGAGAAAUAUUUCUUCUCUUCCUCCCUCUCCUGAUCUCAGGUCUGUCCUUCUAUGCAUAGGCUCCACAGCUAUCUGGGGGAGUGAGGCAUCCUUGGUCAAGUUAACAGCCUGUGUGAGAUUUUGGGGGGAGGUUUGGGAAGCUUGCAGAUGAAAUGUGACCUCACUUAUUUCCUGACAUUAUGGAAGACCCAAAGUGGCCCCUGUGAGUGUCAUCUAGGAUUGAGUGAAGGCUUCUUGGACCCCCAUAUUGAAGGCUUCUUGGUGCUCAGGAUGACAGAGAUUAAGACAGAAUCACUUGGUUGCAAAGUUGUUCAUGUAUCAAAAUCAAAAUUAAUAAAGUAUAUGGUACCAGCUCACUUUUCCUGGAACCAGGAUAUGGAAAAUGUAGACUUUAACCAAAAAAACUCCAUCCACACUAGUUAACUGCGAUACAGCAUUCCACAAUGUUUUAGUAAAAGUAAAAGCAUCAUGACUUCUUGGUGUUCCAUUAUCAGAGAAACUUGAGAAUAAAUAUAUUUUACUUAA